UAUAAAAACUUCCAAUAUCGACUCCACAGUCCACUCCGAGCAAUCCACCAUGAAUAUUGCUCAGUUUCUAUUCGUCGCGUCCCUUCUGCUCCCGCUUCACGCUUCGGCGGCGGAACAUCAGAAUCCAAACGGUGGAGACACCAUCGUGUUCACCACUCUAGGACGAUCGCACUACGAAUUUGACAUAUUCGCUCUCUCCACGACCCAUCCGCCAUCGAUAUCGAGAGAGCUCCAAAUCACAGAUGGAGAAUCCGUAAAUUUCAACGGCUAUUUCCCGUCUCCUUCUCCGACUCUCAUCUCUCUCCUUCCCGACGAAACUCUAACCCAACUGGAAGAUUCGUCUCCUCUUCAUCUCAUCUACGUCACAGAGAGAAACGGUACCUCUAGCAUCUACUACGAUCUAGUUUACGGCGGUGGUGGUGAUUCUGAUUUCAAAAGAAAACGACGAUCGGUUUUAGAAUCGCCGUCUCGAAUCCAGGUUCCGUUGUUAUCAAUCGCCAAUCAUCAUCGGAGUGGCACGAAGGUAAAUUCGUUUAAAGAUAAGCCGAGUUUGAGUGGUGAGUUUCUCGUCUACGUGUCGACGCACGAGAACUCAGGCGAGCCGAGGACGAGUUGGACCGCCGUUUACUCUACCGAGUUAAGAACUGGGUUAACUCGGCGGCUUACACCGAGUGGAAUCGCCGAUUUCAGCCCUGCGGUGUCGCCUUCCGGGAACUGGACUGCGGUGGCUUCGUACGGAGAGAGAGGCUGGACAGGGGAAGUUGAAGAGCUUAGUACGGACAUCUACGUUUUCUCGACUCUGGAUGGGACUCACCGAGUCAAGGUGGUGGAGCACGGUGGCUGGCCGUGUUGGGUCGAUGACUCGACUCUUUACUUCCACAGAAGAAGCGAUGACGGUUGGAUCAGUGUGUAUCGAGCGACCUUACCUGAAAACAAACUGUUGACUACAGAGUCGGUGAAAAUCCGGCGAGUCACACCACCGGGAGUUCACGCUUUCACACCUGCCACGUCACCAAACAACCAUGACUUUAUAGCGGUGGCGACGAGGAGACCAGGCAGUGAUUACCGCCACGUGGAGCUGUUCGAUCUCAAGAGCAACGAGUUUAUCGAGCUGACUCGUUUGGUGGCGCCGGAGAGUCACCAUUUGAACCCUUUCAUCUCCCCUGAUGCGUCUCGAGUCGGUUACCAUAGUUGCAGAGGCCAGGCUAAUGGAAGGAGAAGAAGUCCUCUGCUUCUUCUCGAGAACAUCCAAACCACAACAACGGAUCUCUCUCUCUUUAGAAUCGACGGUUCGUUUCCUUCCUUCUCUCCCAAAGGUGAUCGAAUCGCAUACGUCAAAAUGCCUGGUGUCUACGUGGUGAACCCGGAUGGUUCGGGCCGGCGUGAAGUGUACAAGGGAAUGGCGUUUUCGACGGCUUGGGAUCCGGUUCGACCAAGAAGAGUGUAUACUAGCUCUGGUCCAACGUUUGCUACGGAGAGAACAGAGGUUGAUAUCAUCUCCAUCGACGUCGACGAUGCAGCGGACGACACGUCGUCUUCUUCCGUGAGAAGGCUAACUACAAACGGGAAGAACAAUGCUUUCCCAUGGCCAUCACCUGACGGGAAGCUGAUCGUGUUCCGGUCUGGUCGGACCGGUCAUAAAAACCUCUACUUGAUGGAUGCUGAGAAAGGCGAAACCAGUGGUUUAUGGAGGUUGACCGAAGGUGCGUGGACGGACACAAUGUGCAGCUGGUCACCUGAUGGGGAAUGGAUAGCGUUUGCAUCGGAUCGUGAAAGCCCUGGCUCGGGUAGCUUCGAGCUUUUCUUGAUCCACCCGAACGGAACAGGGUUAAGGAAGCUGAUCCAGAGUGGCUCAGGUGGGAGAACUAACCAUCCGAUAUUUAGCCCGGACAGUAAAAGUAUUGUCUUCACAUCUGAUUACGCCGGGAUCUCAGCGGAACCGAUAUCGAACCCGCAUCAUUACCAGCCGUAUGGUGAUAUCUUCACGGUGAAGUUGGAUGGUUCUAAUCUGAGGAGGCUGACGCAUAACUCUUACGAAGAUGGGACACCUGUGUGGGCUCCUCGGUUCAUCAGCCCUAAUGACGUGGUGUUGCGUAUGAAGAAUGAUUCGAGUUGCUCCUUCGAUGACUGUCACUGGCUCAAUAAGAACCCGACGACGACAGUAUUAAAAGGCCGAGAAAUCUCAUGUUGAUAAUAUGUAUAUGAUGAUUCACACACUAGUGUUUGAGUAUCCUUUUCAUAGAUAUGUUUGCUUUUGCAGCUUCGAACUCUAGUUAUAUAGACUUGUACGAGAGUGGCCCUGUUCGUUUGUCAGCCGCCUGCGGCCGCGGCUGCGACCUGCGGCUAGACGCUGCGACCAGACGCAGUUGUUGUUCGUUUGUCAGCCGCGCGUCUGGUCGCUGAAUGAUGCAGCACAAUAUCUACCAUUAUUGCAA